CGUCUCGCACGUAUGACGUCACUUGGUUUUCAUCUCGUUCUUCCUUUGGUUGGAGACAAGACCAGCUAGCUGAUCGCUAACUAGCCGUAUAUCUUUGUUUUUUCAGCGUUUUAAGAGAAGCAGUUAUUAUAAAGUCAGUCAGUUUCGGCGUCUGAUAGAAAGCAGGAAACUCUCCGUCGUCAAAGACUUCUGACGCCGUUUUCUCCCCGUUCCCGGGGAAAACACUGAGCCAUGUACAAUGGGAUUGGCCUGACGACUCCGCGGGGCAGCGGCACCAAUGGCUACGUGCAGCGCAACCUGUCGAGCCUGCGGGUCAAACGGCCGCGGGACGAGCGGGGCGGCGAGCGGGACGAGAAGGACCGCGAGAGGCUGGAGAGUCAGCUCAACAGGCAGCCCAACGCCGAGAUCCUGGAGCACCAACGGAAGAGGCAGCUGGAGGUCAAGUGUGCUGAGCUGCAGGACAUGAUGGAAGAGCAGGGGUAUUCUGCAGAGGAGAUCGAGGAGAAGGUGAACAGUUUCCGCAUGAUGCUGCAGGAGAAGGAGGAGCCGGCUCCCGCCACCACCGAGAGACCGACGGUGACAGAAACUCACGCUCUGGCGGCGGCCAACCAGCAGAAGAACGACCGUCUUCGCGCUGCUUUCGGAAUCUCCAACGACUACGUAGACGGAUCGUCGUUCCACGCCGACCGCAAGGAGAAAGAGAAGGAGAAGAGAGAGCAGGAACGUUUGGAGAGAGAGAGGCAGCAGCAGCAGAAAUAUACGUUGGUGGAAGAUUCAGACGACUCAGAUUCACCUCCAAAGAAACGCAGUCGGAAGAAGAAAAAGAAAAACAAGAACAAAGACAGCAGCUCAGAGAGUCCCUCCCCGUCUCCGCAGAGAGAGAAAAAGAAAUCCAAGAAGAAGAAAAAGAAACGUGACGUGUCAGAAGACGAGGAAGAAGAAGACAGUUCCUCCGACGAGAAGCACAAAGUUUCAAAGAAGAAAAGAAAGCAGAGUGAAAGCACGAGUCCUCCGAAAACAAAGCGACAGAGGAGCGUCUCCUCCAGCUCCGCUCGCAGCCAGUCUCCAGCUCCACCGAGGUCACGUCAGCAGGACCAAACGUUGAGAAAAGCUGACGAAGGAAGAAAGGGGAGAUCACCGGACAGGAGGAGACGAGGCUACGAGGAGCAGAGCCCUCAUCGUCAGGGAGGAGAAGGGAAGAGGCUCAAUGUCGAGAGAGAAAAAGAGCGGACGAGCGCGACGGACAAGACGUCCACCAAGAGGAGACACGACUCUUCGUCCCCGUCGCCGGCGCCACAGACGGAGAAAAGCAGACAUUCACGGAGCGGAGAGAGGGAGAAAGGGAGGCGAUCCCGAAGCAAACAGAGGGAGAGCGAGAAAGGGAGGCGUUCAAGAAGCAGAGAGAAGGAGAGGGAGAAAGGGAGGCGCUCCAGAAGCAGAGAGAUGGAGAAGAGGAGGCGUUCGAGGAGCGUAGAAAACGAGAGGGAGAAAGGGAGGCGUUCCAGAAGCAAAGAAAAGGAGAAACAGAGAGGCAGGGAGAUGGAGAAAGGGAGGCGAUCGAGGAGUCGAGAGAACGAGAGAGAGAGAGGGAGGCGUUCGAGGAGCAGAGAAAUGGAGAAAGAAAAAGGGAGGCGCUCCCGAAGCAGAGACAACAAGCGAGGGAUGCGUUCAAGGAGCAGAGAAAUGGAGAGAGGGAGGCGUUCAAAAAGCAGAGAAAUGGAGAGAGGGAGGCGUUCAAGGAGCAGAGGAGAGGUGGAGAAAGGGAGGCGUUCAAGAAGCAGAGAAAUGGAGAGAGGGAGGCGUUCGAGGAGCAGAGGAGAGGUGGAGAAAGGGAGGCGUUCAAGAAGCAGAGAAAAGCGGGAAAAAGACAAAGGAAAGGAGAGCGUUCCCCACAGGACCAGACAUGACUCCUCCUCUUCCCCGUCUCCUUCGCCUCCACCUCCUCCUAAACCAGAGACCAGGAGGGCGAGGAGCAGAGACGCCGAUCAGGAGAGAGAGAGGAACAAAUGGGACAAAAAGACGAGACACGACUCCUCGUCCCCUUCACCUCCUCCACCGCCGGAGAGGGCGAGGGCGAGAGAGAGGAGCGGAGACAGGGAGCGCAGGACGGAGCGAGAUCCGCACCCGUACGACGGCGAGAAAAAGAAAGAGACGGGGAAGAGACCGGAGAGAGAGGCGUCUCCUCCUCCCCAACAGAAAAACGACAGAAGGAGAGACGCGCACCCGCCGCGAGCUUCUCCGUCGCCCGCCUCUCGCUCGCCCGCCGUCAACGGGCGUCAAAGAGAGAGGGAGGACGAGAGGAGGAGAGAGAAAGACAGGGAGAGCGCGGCGAAGGAGAGGGACAGGCAGCAUCUGAACAAGCAGAGAGAACAAGACGCGCAGCGAAGGAGAGACGAGGCCGUCAGGCGGGACGGAUCCAGACCCGCGGAGAAAAGCAGGAGCGAAAGACCGGAAGCGAACGAGAGGCGGGAGAAGACGAGGAGCCCUCCGAGGACGGAGAAACGGGAAGAAAAGACGAAACAGGCCGAGAAAAAGAGAGAGAGCAGCAGCAGCAGUAGCAGCGGUAGCAGCAGCAGCAGUAGCGGCAGCGAUAGCGACAGCGAUUCUUCCUCCUCCUCCUCUUCUUCUUCAUCCUCAUCUUCUUCUUCGUCCUCGUCCUCCGAAGACGAGGGCAAAGGGAAGAAGGCGGCAGGGAAGGAGAAAGGUAGCCCCACGAAAAGCGCGCCGUCUGCCAUCGGAGCGGCGGUUCAAAGGUAUAUAGCCAACGGUAGAAAGGAAAGUCCCGCCUCCGCCUCCGAGGGCGACGCCCCUCGACGAUCCCAGAAGGAGAGAGAAGGAGGAGGAGGAGUCAAACAUGCGCCGUCAGAGAGGGAAAGACCGCCACACAGAGCUCCUGCUCCGUCUGAGAGUUACCCGCCCCGGACAAAAGGUCAGGAGCGAUACAGUCCCACACAGAUGGACAGCCCGAGCCCGCCUCCUUCCCCCUCCAACAGACGAGACGCCAGCAGAGGGGACAGGUACUCCCCCGCCGAAACUGAGGCGAGAGCCGUGGAGCGGGAGAGAGGGAGGGACAGGGACACAGCAGCCAGGAGACCGGCGGCGAGGUCUAGCCCGUCAGCCAGGAGGUCACGCUCUCCGCCCCAGAAAACCUCCACCGCCUCCCCGGCCCGUCGCACUCCGCCGAGGCAAUAUCAGGAAGCCCCGCCCCGAUCCAGGAGAGCCUCCCCUCCUCCGGCCUGGUCAGACCGGCAGAGGGAGAGAGAGAGGGAGAGCGAGAAGGACAGAGAGAGGAACAGAGAGAGGGACAGAGACAGAGAACGCGAGCGGGUCGCCAGGAGGAGCAGAUCCAGAUCCAGAAGCCCGAGGAGGCGCAGCCCCCCAAGCAGGUCUCGCCGCUCGCCGUCUCCUCAGCGGAGGAGGAGGAGCAGUCGCUCGCUCUCCCGAGAGCGAGAGCGAGAGAGGGAACGCGAGAGGAUCAGGCAGAGGGAGGUAGAGAAAGAGAGAGAAAGGGAAAAGGAGCAAGCGCGCCUAAAAGAGGCUCCCCAACAACCCCGCCGAUCCUCGUCCUCCUCCUCUUCCUCCAGCUCCUCCUCUUCCUCUUCGUCCUCGCCUUCACCUGCCCGCGAGAGGAAAGACACCACGAAAGCGCCGACGGAGAGAGACAGGAGGACGGAGCGAGAGGACGAGAAGAGACGAGAGGAGCAGAAACAUCGUUCCUCCUCCUCUUCGCAGGCUCCGUCUUCAGGUUCGCGCGGCUCCCAGCAGUCGGAGUCCAGACGCUCCGACGUGACCUCCAGGAGGUCGCCGGCCGGCAGCCAAUCAGAACCCAAGCAGUCGUCACGAGGUCCGAGCAGGAAGCAGUCGCCACCAGCAGCCCCUCAUUCGCCGGAGCAGCCGGUCAGGAGCGAGAGCGCCGUCAACGGGAAGGAGGCCAACGCUAACAAGAAAGGCGGCAGAAGCAGCAGCUCCAGCUCCUCUUCCUCCUCCUCGUCUUCAUCUUCGUCCUCCUCCUCGUCCUCCUCUUCAGACAGCUCCGACUCUGAAGCAGAGCAAGAAAAAGGGACCACCAAAGCUCAGAGCUCGGCUUCUUCAUCCUCCUCAUCAGAGACUGAGAAGGACACAAAGAAAAAGAGUCCUGCUCGGCCUCAGAGGGUUCCUGCUGAUUCGCUGAGAGAUUCUCGCUCGCUCAGUUAUUCUCCUCCAAGAUACAUGAGAGCGGCGCCGUCCUCGCCCGGCCGCAGGAGCGGCAGCAGACAGUCGCCCAGCCGCUCGUCAAGCAGCAGACGAAGGAAAUGAGCCGACGACGACGGGGGAGACGCUUCACUUCACUUCCUGUCGGCUGGAAACUGGACUCACAACACGGACUUCACAGCCAGCGCUCGGUAGAUGCACAUCCGGGAACGUUUCCGGGGGAGGGGAGGGGGGGGCGGGGGACUCGCGUCGGUUUCCGAGAGAGACGCCAACACGGGAACCGACGAGGUGUUUUUGUUUUCUAAGCAGCGACGACCAAAGGCGGCUGGCUUGUACAUUUCUUUUUAUGAGCUGAAAUAAGAAACGUACAAACAAAAACACACAAACACAGUUAAAUAAAACUAACAAUGUUUCUCUGUAUCUGUACUGUUUGUUGCAUUCUACCUGUAGAUAUGAGCUGUCUGUAUUUUAGUUAUUAUCAUGUGACAGAUACAUGAUUUCCAUUUAAUGUGAGCAGAAACUGCAACAUGUGGUUAAUUUCUUUGUUGAAUAUGGUUAAUAAUAAUAAAAGGCAAUUGUACAUUUUA